AUGUUUUUGAGAAAUUCCGUUUUGAGAACUGCCCCAGUCUUGAAGAGGGGUAUAACAACGUUGACCCCAGUCAGCACCAAGUUGGCCCCACCUGCUGCCGCCUCUUAUUCUCAAGCUAUGAAAGCGAACAACUUCGUGUACGUGUCUGGUCAAAUCCCUUAUACCCCAGAGAACAAGCCUGUUCAAGGUUCUAUCUCUGACAAGGCGGAACAAGUUUUCCAAAAUGUCAAGAAUAUCUUAGCAGAAAGUAAUUCUUCUUUAGAUAAUAUAGUCAAAGUGAACGUAUUCUUAGCCGAUAUGAAAAACUUUGCCGAAUUCAAUUCUGUGUACGCCAAGCACUUUCACACCCAUAAGCCUGCAAGAUCCUGUGUUGGUGUUGCCUCCUUACCAUUGAAUGUUGACUUAGAAAUGGAAGUCAUUGCUGUUGAAAAGAAUUGA